UGGUUUGACGACGGACUAAUAGCUUUCCCAAACUCUACCGUCUUCAAAGUCACUAGCAGCGAAGGUGGUGAGGACAGCGAAAAGGCUAAGCCUCCAUUGCCACUCAUCUCUCUCCUUAAUUUCUCGGUUCACUCAAGCCCUUCUGAAGUACAUGCUAAUGUUGCAGAAACUUCAUGUACUAUAUAACACGAAAUGCACAAUCUCUUCAUGUCUCUAUGCUUUCUAGUUCAAUCUUUGUAUGUGUUUAUGACUUCAUGUGCUGGAUGCAUUGUCGAUAGGGGGAGGGGAGGGGAGAUUUUAGCUAUUUUCCUGAUUUACCCUUUUACUCCUAGAAUAGAGCUGUAGCAGUUUUGGUUCAUUUGCAAUUUUGAAUUACUAUAUCAAGAUUUGUAUCAGAAUAAUAACGAAGAGGGAUAUGUUUAUUAGGGAGAAGUUACAUGGAAAUUUCCAUACAAAAGAUGAUUUGUGCAUCAAACAUGUCACUAUUGUAGUCCCAACUUGCAAUCAGGGGGUUUACUUUGUUGACUUCAAAGUCUUUGUGUGAAGAAGAUUUGUGGCCAAGUACAUUUACGUUUUCCAUGGGGCAUAGUUUGUACCCAGAACUCCAAAUUCAAUAACAAUAAUUGUCUAAUUCGCUAUAAUCCAAAAAAUUUCAUAACAAUAUUGCUAUCAAAUUAAAGAGAAAAAUUAUUGAAAUUCUGAUAUAACUGGUUUAAUUAUUAAAAUAUUGCAGAUUAAAAAAUGUUGGUAAUUUGUUCUAGGUUAAAAGAAAUUAUAUUUAUAUGUAUGUAUGUAUGUAUUGUAUGAUGUAUGAUGUGUGAUGUAUGUAUAUGCGUGUGCGUGUGUUAGAAGUUCCAUGUGUACUUGUUUGUGGAUACAAAUUAGGUUGCCAAUUGACUUCCAAUUCUGGUUCACAUGACUUCAAAGUCCUCCAUGACAAUAUGGUGCUCUUCAUUAUAUGGAUUUAUAAAUGAACUAUUCUCGAUCAUAACAACCCAUCAGUUCAUCAUAACAACCUAUAUUUCCACUUCAUUUCUUCCAAAAUUAAACUGAGUUGGGGUUGAUAAUGGGGAAUCACAGGGAUUUGGGGCUCCAUCUUGUUUUCGUAUGUGUUUUUUUGUUUGCAACUACAAAUACUUGUUUCGGUGCUGGAAAUGUAAAUGUUGUUUGUUCUCAGAAAGAGAGACUCGCUCUUCUCAAGUUCAAAGGGAGUGUGAAAGAUUUUUCUGGAAUGUUGUCAUCAUGGGCUGGCAAUGACUGUUGCAUGUGGGAAGGAAUCCAGUGUGACAGUCUCACUGGAACUGUUGAAAGCCUUCAUCUCAAUGACUUAAUUGGUAAUGAGGUGAACUCUUCUUUGGCAGAGCUAAGGAAUCUCAAAUACUUAGAUUUGAGUUGGAAUGAUUUUGGUUGAAGCCGGAUCCCUGAGUUCAUUGGAUCCUUCAAACAGCUGAUGUACCUGAAUCUCUCUUAUGCUGGUUUUCAAGGUAUUAUUCCUCCUCACAUUGGAAACCUUUCUAAUUUAAAGGUUCUUGAUCUCAGUUCAAACCAUGAGCUCAUGGCAGAUGAUAUGGCAUGGGUUUUUGGCCUUUCGUCACUCGAGCAUCUCGACCUCAGUCGGAUGAAACUUAGUGGAGCACAAAACUUGGACAUAGUUCCUUACAUGAUACCUUCAUUAAAAGAGUUAAGUUUGUCUGAAUGUGGACUUUCCAAUGCUGAUUUUCUUAAUUCGAGUAGAAUAAUUUCCAAUAUCAAAUACCUAGAUCUUAGCUUCAAUUCUUUCAAAGGUCCACUGCCUGGCUUUCUUCAGAACAUGACAUCCCUAGCAUUCCUCGAUCUUUCAUACUUUGAUCUAAGUUUGAAUUGGAACUUUGCAAAGUUGCUAAACAUGAUCCCUUCUUUAUCUGAGCUGCAUCUGUCAUGUUGUGGGCUUGAGAACACGUUUCUUUCUUCCCCUUUUCUCAAUUUCAGUACACUUUCAAACAUCCAACACCUGGAUCUUAGUGUCAAUUCAAUUGAAGGCAUGUUUCCAUCUAUUUUAACAAAUAUGAGUUCCCUAAAAGUCCUUGACCUUUCAGGAAACAUGCUGAGUUCUUCGGUUCCUAUUAUGCAUAACCUUCUUGAACUUGAUGUUUCUAGAAACCAGUUGAAGCAGAUUCAACACCUUGGAAUCUGGAAACAGUGUCACCUCAAACAACUGAGUGCCUCAUACAAUCAUUUUGAGAUAGAAAUGAUCGACUCACCAAAAAAUGUAUGCUAUUGCUCCCAGUAUGCUUUGGAGAUGUUGGAUAUACAUGGGAGUGUAAACGGUACAAUUCCAAAAUCACUUGGAAGAUUGGCCAAUUUAAGAGUCUUGGAUCUAUCUAGCAGUGGAUUGACAGGUCCAAUCUCCAUAUCUCUAAAAAGGUUAAGUUUUUUAGAAGUAUUGGAUCUCUCUAAUAACCAGCUAACCGGUUACAUUCCCACAUUCCUUGGAAAGUUAUCAGCUUUAACAAAUUUGUAUCUAGGAUCCAAUAGGUUAAUGGGCCCCAUACCAGCAUCUCUAGGAAGACUUGUUUCACUACAAGCAAUUUCGGUGUCUUCAAACCUGUUAAAUGGAACUAUUCCAGUUUCGUUUGGGCAACUUGUCAAACUUGAAUAUUUAGAUAUCUCAAACAAUUCUUUAGGAGUAGUUUCUGAAGCCCAUUUUGCUAACCUUUCGAUGUUGAGUUACUUGGAUGCUUCUUCUAACACCAAGUUGGCAUUCAAUGUUUCAUGUGAGUGGAUUCCUCCAUUCCAAUUGGUGGAUCUUGAUCUUAGUUCUUGCAAUAUUGCAAAUGGAUUUCCACGGUGGAUUCGAGAUCAAAGGAAACUUGAGAGGUUAGUGUUGUCGAAUGCUUCAAUUUCAGGAACUCUGCCCACAUGGUUGCAAAAGAUGCCCAAUAUUCCUUUUCUAGAUCUUUCCCACAACAAACUCAGCGGACCAUUGACAAACCUUCCUGAUGGGUAUGUGUCUGAAUAUGGAGCUCUCCGGGCUUUAUUUCUGGAAAGUAAUCUAUUCAAUGAGUCGAUUCCAAGUUCAUUGUGUAGAAGGACAGAUUUGGAAUAUCUUGACCUUUCCAGAAAUAGGUUAACCGGAAAAAUUCCAAAUUGUCUUGAGAAUCUGCAAAAGCUGUUUGUCAUGAUAUUUAGCUCAAAUCGGCUGUGUGGUGUGAUUCCAAAUUCCAUAUUUCGUAAUUCUUCGUCAUUAGAGUGGUUAAAAUUGAACGACAAUGACUUAAUUGGUGAAGUUCCUCGAGAAUUGGGGAGUUUACAAAAUUUAAUGGUCUUAGAUUUGGGUGAUAAUAAGUUCUCGGGAAACAUACCUGAAUGGAUUGGAGAAAAGCUCGCAUAUUUGGUUGUUUUGAGGUUGCACAAAAAUAACUUCACCGGAAGAAUUCCUCGAUCUUUGUGCAAAUCUUCAAAUCUGCAAAUAUUGGAUGUUGCAUACAACAACUUAACUGGAACAAUCCCUCAAUGUCUAGGAGGUUUAAAUGCCAUGGUUAGGGUUAGCAGAGGAAUUUGGCAUGUUCACCUGGUUGAUUAUGAUCAAAACGUGAUUCAAGUGAUGAAAGGUGUUGAUCUUGAAUAUUCAACAACUUGGGAUAUGGUUUAUAACAUGGACCUUUCAAGCAAUAAACUUGUAGGAGAAAUACCAGUAGAGAUAACUGCACUUUCUAUGUUGGUGGGUCUCAAUUUGUCAAACAAUUAUCUCAGUGGGGGAAUUCCAGACAACAUCGGAAACAUGACGUCAUUAUUUUCUCUCGAUUUAUCUGGAAACGAGUUGACCGGGAUGAUCCCUCCAAGCAUGGUAGCUUUGACUUUUUUGAGUCAUUUGAAUUUGUCACACAACAACUUGUGGGGACGAAUUCCAAGGGGAAAUCAAUUGCAGACACUUACUGAUCCAUCAAUAUAUGCCGGGAACAAAGAUCUGUGUGGAGCUCCGUUGCUGAAUAAUUGCUCAAAUCAUCAAGACCCAACAACAACCCCCGAGAACAAAUACGAAGCAGCUUAUGAACCAACAAAUGUAUGGUUGAAGAUAUGGUAUUAUGUGGACGUAGCAUGUGGUUUUGCAACAGGGUUUUGGGGUGUUAUUGGAGUUUUAGUGUUCAAGAAGCAGUGGAGACGGAAGUUUUUCACGUUUUUUGAGGAAACUCUGGAUGAGAUUUAGUAAAUAUAUGUAGCAAUGAUUGUUUUGAAUUUUUAGUACUGCUAUUGUGCUUAUUUAUACUACUAUUUGGAUUUUGUAUUUGCAUGACAUUUUUUUUACUAGAUUUGGUAUUUAUAUAGAGAUUAAAUUAUCAGGUAAUCUACUUAUUAUUUAGUUCUUCAUUCGUGCAUUUUCUAGUUUUUUUAAGCGAAGAACGAGUUAUUGUUAUAAAAGAUCUUGUUCUUAGAUUGGAAUAGAGUUAGGUCUUGGUUAAUGAUUUGGUACUGCUUCAAAUACUUGAUCCCCUAAUCGUGGGGACUAUGUUAAUCUGAGUGGAAAAUCUCAUCUUUUUGCUUUUUACAUGUUUCUCUCCACAUACUCAAAUUUUAUCCAUGUGUUUAUUCCUGCAAAGCAAGAAAAAUAUUGUUAUUUGACUAUAAAAAAUAUCACCCUUUGCACAAAGAAUCUUUCUAGGAGUACACCCUAAUUUGCAUUUCAGCAUCUUAAAUUAUCAAAUGACCAUUUAAAGGCUACAUCAGAAGUCAAGUAACGCUCUACUUAAUGCUAUCAAUAGAUCUCUACAACUCUAAUUACAAGAAACAGAAGUUGUACUUGUGUGAUAUUUUGGUAGCUGAAACCUAAAUUGUACCAAUUUAUUUCAUUGAGAUUAAUUUAUGUUGGUCUUGUAACUUUCAGACCAAAAUCACCAAAUUAUUGUCCACACGAUAACAAACCGAUCU